CAGACUAAAAGGUCCCGCAUACAACAUCCACUACUACUGACUCAGCAACCUUACCGGAACUUUCAUCAUUCUACUACCAAUCACCUGGAAGCAGCUGUAAGUCCGGCCUUUUUAUCAUCAUAGCCAGUGAAAAACCGUAAAAUGUAAUGCGCGCCACGCAACAGACUCAAAAUUCAAUUUAGGACCCCUCCAUUAGCAGCAAAAAAGAACUAAUCCAUCUGAAUUUUUCUCAAAAUAUCUCACAAUUGACCACAUCAGGGCCUUCCUCAUCUCAGCAUAAAGUUUUCAUUUAUAGAAUUCAGUUGUCAGGAUUGGCAAACAAGUAGGAUAAACUAAGAAUUCCUUAUACCAAUGAAACUCACAUGUCAAGUCACAUGAAACACACCUCCACCACGCCACGCCCGCUACCUAGUAUUCCACCUUUAGCCAUAGACCAAUUUUUUUGGCUGAUUAUCACUUUUUUGGGUAUAAAUUUUUCGGUUCAAGGACAUACCAAUUUCACUGAUAUAUUUUUUUUUGAAGCACAUGUAAGAUAAAUAUCGCCAACAAACAAACUUUCUUGUAUGAUACCAAAAAAUAGGGGAGUGGUACCGAACUCUAAUCAUUUUUAAUCGGCCAUCGUCAUUUACAACAAAUAUUCAAGAAAAGUGGGUGAGUUCUCUCUUGCUCUCUCUCUCGAUGGAGCAAGAAAUUUCACAGAGAUCUGUUGCUUUGAUCGUGGGUGUCACUGGCAUGGUCGGUCUGAGCUUAGCAGAGGCAUUAAAGAAGCCAACAGCACUUGGUGGUCCGUGGAAAGUCUAUGGCAGCGCACGGCGGUCCUUGCCAACCUGGUUCCCGCCGUCAACCAUCGACCACUACAUAGCCUUUGACGCCACAGACCACACAGACACCAUGGAAAAGCUCACUCCUUUUUCCGGAGAAGUCACCCAUGUCUUCUGGGUAGCAAUCCAAGUUCACGAAAACGAAGAAGCCAACGUUACCAUCAACACCGCCAUGCUCCAAAACGUCCUCAGUGUUCUCCUCCAAUCAUCUCCGCCGUCGCCGCUCCGGCAUGUCACACUUCAAACAGGUACACAAUACUACAUGGGUCCAAUACACGAUCCGAUCCUCGGUUUCAAACUCAAUCCUCACGAGUCGCCAUUUAGAGAAGACUCUCCUCGCCUUCCUCACCCAAACUUUUACUACCCUCUAGAGGACCUUGUGGCAUCAUACUCUCCGGCCGUUACCUUUUCCAUUCACCGUUCGUCUAUCAUAAUCGGAGCUUCUUCACGGAGUUUUUACAAUACCCUUCUCACUUUGUGUGUGUACGCAACUAUAUGUAAGUAUGAGGGCUUAGCAUUCAGAUACCCAGGCACUAAAUACACAUGGAACCAUUUCUGUGAUGUGUCCGACGCCGGCGUUCUAGCAGAGCAGCAAAUUUGGGCGGCGGUGACGGACGAAGCUAAAAACCAGGCUUUUAAUUGCACUAAUGGAGAUGUAUUUACAUGGAGGAGCUUAUGGAAAAUACUGUGCGAGAUAUUUGAUGUUGAGUUUGUGCCGUUUGAUGAGAGAGAAAAGUUCGAUUGGGUGGAAGAGAUGGGGAAGAAAGAAGAAGUGUGGAAUAGUAUUGUAGAGGAAUAUGGGUUGUAUAAGACCAAAUUGAGUGAAAUCACUUGUUUUGCAGCUCUUAAUACUAUAUUACAUUUUGGGUUUCAACAUGUUUGUAGCAUGAACAAGAGUCGUGAAUUCGGAUUUUUUGGGUAUGCUGAUACGAUGAAGAGUAUUAAGAUAUGGAUGGAAAGACUUAGAAUGAUGAAAACCAUCCCCUAAAUUAAGGAGGGUUUGGGCGGACGGCGAUGGGGUCAUCAUCGGAGUUGUUAUUGCUCCCGUGACCGGAGUAACCCAUUCCUGGAGCUUUUGCGUGGAAACUAUGCUACGAUGGAGUUUGUAACAGUUAUAAAGGAUUAAGCCGGAGGAAUGUCGGGAAAAGCUCUGGUUAGGUUGGAGUCGCGUGUAAUAAUUACGCCUUGUGUGCGUGUGAUAGACUAAGCGGUCAAAAGCUGCUGCUAUCUUUUCUCUACCCUAUCCUUAGGCCACGUGGAGGUGUUUAAUUUUAAUUUGAUUUUAAGCUGGUUACUUCUUAUCUUAUCUUAU